GGAGUUAGUCUACUACCUGAUUUUCGCGGUCGGCAAUUAACUCUCUCUCACCUUGGUGGUGGCAACCGCCAUUCCAGCCAUGCGGAAAUCUGUGAAGAUUGUUUUCCCUUAUACACAAUAAUACACUCACUCUCCAUCAAUUAUUCAGAAGCUUCUUUUUAAAUAUUCUUAUAAUUGUAAAGAAUGAUUAUUAUUAUGUAGUUGAGUGAAUGGAUGACCAUUUUUUCCCAAAUAUUUUCUUUUUUGGAAAAAGCGCCAAAUUUUUAAUAAGAUUGAGACCUCCAUAAAAUAAAAGCCCCCUUAUUGAAUGUGACCCCCUCUUUUUGAAUUUUCUCUUUAUUUUUAAGAUAAUUUUUUAGAAAAUAUGAUGACAUGUCAACCAUUUUUAAUAAUUCCAACAACAAUUUUGAUAACACUAAUAACCGUCAUCAACAACGCCAAUCCUCUCUUUUUGAUUUUGCCACAAUAGGAAUGAGAACAACAUCAACAAUAAAUCGUCCAUCAGCUAAUAAUUCUCCGUGUUCUCCUUUACUUAUUGGUGCUGGUGCUGGCUCUUCAAGUUCUGGCGGCGGCGCAUCAUAUGCUUGUGGUUCCUUAGUGCCGUUGCGUGGUCCUCCUCCAAUUCAUGCUCCACCACAACCACCAAAUUGUCCGCCACCAAAGAGACGGCCUCAACAAAAUAGGCAUAUACAAAAGAGGCAUAGAAAAUGUUUAAGUUGUUGUCACCGAUUUGGCCGUUGGCCGGCUAUUUUAUUUUUGCUACUUCCUGCGAUGCUUUUACUGCUUUCACUUUGUUUAUUACUUGUUUGGCUAACAUUAUUACGGGAAGACUUUUCAUUUUCUUCAAAUUCAUCAUUUUCUUCACAAAAAUUUAUUAAUAACCAAUAUAUUCAAAAUAAAAAUACUAGAAUCUCAUUUUUAUCAAAUGCUCAACAACAACAUUCUUCCACAUCUUCAGCCCAUCAAUUGCCAAAUAUUCCCACUCAACUUUUACUCAAUAAUCCAAUUAUUAUUCAACUCCCUCCAUAUCAUUUAUUAUUUACUCAAAUUUAUAUUCCUCAAAAUUCUCUAUUUCGUUUAAAUUUAACAAUUGGCCCAUCUUCUCGAAUAAUUAUUUUUGCAAGACAGACAAUUCGUCCAACUAUUGGACAAUUUGAUUGGCAAAAAAUAUUUUUUGGUGAAAAUUUACAUUUGGAGAAAGAAAUGACAUUAAAUGAAGGAGAAAAGGAAGGAAAAAUUGGACAAAAGAAGAAAUUGGGAUUUGUUAAUCACUUUUUACAAGCAGGAAUAUGGCAUUUUGGAUUAUUGAAUGAUAAAACUGAAUCAGAGUAUAUUGAAUUAAUUGCCCAACUGGAAGAACCUUCAAAUAUUGAACAACAUAAAAAUAAUAAAAUUAUUUCUCAAUGUCAUCAUUCAAAUUGUUUUGGAAAAGGAGAAUGCAUAGAAGGACGUUGUGUUUGUCAUCCUGGUUAUAGUGGUUUAUUUUGUGAAGAAACAUCUUGCCCGGUGCUAUGUUCUGGUCAAGGCGUAUUUAACAAGGGUCGAUGUCUGUGCCACCAAGGCUUUCGAGGCGUGGAAUGUGAGGAAACAAUUGAAUGGUGUGAUAAUAAGGAUUGUGGUAUUGGGGGUCAAUGCCAACCAGAUGGUACUUGUUUAUGUUUACCUGGAUGGAUUGGUAAAUAUUGUGAACAAAAUUUACAACAAAUAAAAGAAGAAAUUGAACAAAUUCAAAUUAAAAAUGAUGAGGAAAAUAAAAAAGAAGAUUGCUUGCUUAAUUGUUCUGGACAUGGAAAUUGUAUUUUAAUUAAUAAACAAAAUGAAGAAGGCAAAAAGAUGAAAGAAUGUAACUGUUUAUCUGGAUGGACUGGAAUUAAUUGUCAAAUUGAACUUUGUCCAAAAAAUUGCUCAUCAAAUGGUCAAUGUAUGUUAAGUGUUAAAAAAGUAAAUGGAGAAGGUUGGUGGCAUUGUGAAUGUAAUUAUGGUUAUUAUGGUGAAUAUUGCCAAUUUCGUGCAGAAAGUAAUUGUGAAGAUGGUGAAGACAAUGAUGAAGAUGGAUUAACUGAUUGUGAAGAUUCUACAGAAUGUUGUUCACACAAUUCUUGUCUAUCAAAUUCUUUAUGUCUGGGUUCAUUUGUUUCACCAGAAUUACUUCUAAAACUCUCCUUCAUCAAUGAAACUAAACAACAACAGGAAAAUACAACAUUAGAACAAAUACCAUUUUUUGAACGUGUUCGUUUUCUUUUUGAUAGCGGUGAUUUGUCUGUGCAGCGCUAUGCCGAUACUCGUUUGCUUGAUCCAAAGCUCCUUUCUGUGCUCAGAGGCCGUAUUCUUUCAAUAAAAGGAGGGCCAUUAGCUGGAGUUAGAGUUUCUGUGGCAGAUCAUCCACAGCAAGGCUUUUCUUUAUCACGUUCAUUUUCACCAUCAUCAGCAACAGCAUUAGAAGGAUCCCAGUCAACAUUUGAAAAUUAUAUGGAUACAAGUAUUGGUGAAUUUGAAUUAGCAGUAAAUGGGGGAGCUGCUGUAAUUUUACAAUUUGUUCGGCAACCUUUUGGUCGAGUUUUUCGAACUUUUUUUGUGCCUUCUAAUCAAAUUUUGGAUGUUGGAAAUGUUUGGAUGGAUUUUAUAGAGGAAAAAGAUGGUGGCGAAAAUGAAGCUUCUACAACUUCAUAG